AAAAAAAAAAUCUCAACUCUAAUUCUACACUCUUUAUAUCCUCUAUCUUCCCCCGCUCUUUCCGCUCGGUCGCUCCGAGCCCUCCGUUUCCAGAUUCCACAAUGUCUGUCACGAUGAGAUCGGCUAGGCUGGUGCGGUCUCCAGCCCUGCGGAUAUCACCGCAUGGUUCCCGCCUCGGUCCUGCCGCACAUCUUCGCUAUACCACGCGGGCAGGUCUCCCCUCGCACCUGAGCGCGAUCGCGAUCCUGAUCCCGCAUCAACGCGGGUACGCCACCGAAACGUCGACUUCGUCCUCUGCGCCAUCGGGGGGAUCGUUCCCUCCCCCCGGGUUUAACGCGGAGCAGGCGAAGAAGCCUCUCCCCCCGCAAGUCGAGCCGGCCAAGGACACCAACGCCGUGGCUAAGCCGGCCCAGGUCUCGGAAUCGAGCAAGUCGGUGGUCGUGCCCGAGGAGCAGAAACGGGUGCCGGAGGAGAAGAAGGAGAGCAAGGAGAAGAAGUUGACGCUGGGGCAGAAGAUCAAGAAGGAGGUGCAGCAUUACUGGGAUGGGACUAAAUUGUUGGCCACCGAGGUGAAGAUCAGUACGCGGUUGGCGUUGAAGAUGGCGGCGGGAUACGAGCUUAGUCGGAGGGAACACCGGCAGUUGCAACGAACGGUCAAAGAUCUGGGCCGGCUGGUGCCGUUCUCGAUGUUUGUGAUUGUGCCGUUCGCGGAACUGCUGCUGCCUGUGGCGCUGAAGCUGUUCCCGAACCUGCUGCCUAGCACGUACGAGGGCCAGAAGGCGCGGGAGACGAAGGCGCUGAGCCUGCGGUCGACGCGCAAGGAGGUGUCGGCGUUUUUGCAGAACACGCUGAAAGAAAGCGGGUUGCCGAUCACGGCGGCGAGUGUCAAGAACGAGGAGUUUGCGGCGUUCUUCAAGAAGAUCCGGACGACGGGCGAGUCGCCCUCGACCCAGGACGUGAUCAAGGUGUGCAAGAUCUUCAAGGACGACCUGACACUGGACAACCUGUCACGGCCGCAGCUGGUGGCCAUCUGCAAGUACAUGAACCUCAACUCAUUCGGGACCGACGCCAUGCUGCGGUACAAUAUCCGGCACCGGAUGCGACAGAUCAAGCGCGACGACCGGGCCAUCUUCUACGAAGGGGUUGAGUCACUGUCCGUUCCCGAGUUGCAGAUGGCGUGCGCGUCGCGCGGCAUCCGCACGCAUGGGGUCUCGCCCGCGCGCCUGCGCGAGGACAUGGCCAUGUGGCUGGACCUGAGGUUGAAGCAGGGGGUUCCCUCGACGCUGCUGGUGUUGAGCAACGCGUACCACUACGCGCAGGGCGGCAAGGAAUCCGAGAUGGGCUCGCAGAUCGAGGCGCUGCAGUCUGUCCUGUCUAGUAUUCCCGAGGAGCUCUUCCAUGAGAUCGAGCUCGAGGUGCACAACGCCGAGGGGGCGGCGACCAACCGCCAGCGACUGGAGGUCAUCAAGGAACAGCAGGAGCUGAUCGAGGAGGAGAACGAGCAGAACGGCGACGAAGGGGUUGCCACGCCCAAGGAUAUCGACAAUAUUGACGACAAGGAGGAUACCAAGCUGGAAGCCGAGGCCUCUUCUGCCUCUGAAGCUGCGGAAGCGGAGCGAGAAGGCCAGCAGGUCGCCAACGCAGAGACAGAGGCGAAACCAGAAAAGAAGGAAUGAUUUGUUCUAUAGAUCUCCCCUCAUGUAUAAAUAGAUUAAUUGUUAGAAUACC